UCUUUUUGUCCCUCAGAAACAGAAGUAACAAGACCCCAGUGAGCCACCGUAGAACAAUGAUGUGGUUUAUCUUUGGACUCUUCUUUCUCAUCCUUCAUCCAACAUCAGGUCAGUAGAGAAACUAGACAUAGAGAACUUUGUCUUUUCAAUUUCAGCAGCUUUGAUUUUUGGGGUAAGGGGCUGAUGGAAUGAAAUAAUUACACUUUUUUUCUCCCUCUCCUUUAGCUGUGAAGAUAAAACAUGUUACACUAUACAGAGAUCAUGUAGAACUGAAGGUGAAUUCCUGGAAUAUGAUCCCUUGCACCUUCACAGCGGAUUCUCCUAUAAACCAUGAGCAGCUGCAUUUAGAAUGGAUUAAAACGAUUGAUGAAGGAAAAAGCUACAUCCCCCUGAUCAGUCUCUUUAGGAGCAAACAGCGGGCUUCCAGCAAGUCUAGGAAGAGGUUUAAGGUGUUUCCAUCUCUCCUACGAAGAGGCAACUGUUCUCUGAUUAUCAGUCCUGCCAAGAGCAUUGACUGGGGCAAUUAUUCCGUUCGGCUCACUGCUGAUGGAAUCCUCUAUGAGCCUGUUCCAGAAAUUACUGUCCAGAUUAUGGAUAUGAAGAGGAAUUUAGAAGUGGCCCAGAAACGUGGCCCAGUAGACGGAACACUACUAAGCGCUAGAGCUGGAGAGAUUAAUGGAACUGAAGAAACACCAGACGAAAGCACCAAUACUUCUAGCAAGACAUGGAUAUUUGUUGUGUUUAUAGUUCUAUUUGCCAUAAUUAUAGCGGGUGAAGCCUUUGGAUGGUUUCUCUAUUACAAGCUGAGGAAGACGACCUCACCAGAAGAUGAAGAAUGGCUGAUAGUUCAUGGAAAACCAAGGACAAAAGCAACAGUAGCAGUUGUGGUUAAACAAAAGGAAGUGAUUAAGAAGGAAACCACUAAAAAAACAGAACCUGCAGUGUCAGAAGACGAGGAGACUGAAGAAGAACCAGAAACUCCUAAAAAGUCUUCACAGAAGAAGCUGCCUUCAAAGAAACCUUCCUCUAAGGCUCUGAAAAAGAAGCAGUCCAUCAUUGUUCAGCCAGAGGAAGAGACUGAGACUUCUGAGGCAGAGCCUGAGACUUCAGAGGAAGAGCAGGAAAAGCCAAUCAAGGUUAAGCAAAAGAAAGUGAUUAAGAAGAAAAUCACUAAAAAAGCAGAACCUGCAGUGUCAGAAGAGGAGGAGACUGAAGAAGAACCAGAAACUCCUAAAAAGUCUUCACAGAAGACGCUGCCUUCAAAGAAACCUUCCUCUAAGGCUCUGAAAAAGAAGCGGUGUCCGUCAUUGUUCAGCCAGAGGAAGAGACCGAGACUUCUGAGGCAGAGCCUGAGACUUCAGAGGAAGAGCAGGAAAAGCCAAUCAAAAAAAAAUUGGUGUUCCAAUGACUUACUACUUGUGUGCUACUCUUGUUUGUGCAGGGUUAAGCAAAAGAAAGUGCACAAAAAGAAGACCACUAAAAAAGCAGAACCUGAUGUGGCAGAAGAGGUGUCUGAAGAGGAACCAGAACCUCCAAAAAAGUCUAAGAAAAAACCUUCCAAGAAACCUUCUUCUAAAACUCGGAAAAAGAAGCAGUCCGAUGUUACUCAGACAGAUGAGUCUGUAUCAGAAGAAGAGGAAGCAGAGGAAGAGCAGCAAAAGCCAAUCAAGGUUAAACAAAAGAAAGUGCCUAAAAAGAAGAUCGCUAAAAAAGAAAAACCUGUAGUGACAGAGGAGGAGUCUGAGGAGGAACCAGAACCUCCAAAAAAGAUCACUAAGAAAAAGGCAGAAGACGAGGAGGCUGAAGAUGUCCCAAAGCCUCUGAAGAAGUCUUCUAAAAAGAAACUGAAGACCACUGACAAAGCAGAAGACAAGGAGGCUGAAGAUGUACCAGAACCUCCAAAAAAGUCUUCUAAGAAAAAAUUAGCUCCCAAGAAACCAUCCUCUACGGCUCUUAAACAGAAGCUAAAACCGCUUCCUGCGAAAGAUGAGGAGCCAAAAGAUGCCGCAGAAGAAGAGAAGCCAGAGAAGAGCAAGACUCAGCAGGAUGGUACUAAAAAGAAAAUAAAGCGAAAAGUAAGACGCCCAGCUAGGAAACCUAAAAGGGUUAUGAAAGUUGUAAGGCCAAGAACCUCAAAGAAACCAUCAACUAAAAAAGAGGCCACGGAAAUUGUGGCUGAUCCAAAGAAAGGUGAUUUAGAGGAUGAAAAGGAAAUUGCUAAAGAAGGCAGUAGUGAAAAGAAGGCACUUGUACCAGAAAAGGGGCCUGCAAAGACUAAAAAAAUUUACAAGAAAGGAUCCCAAAAGAAAAGAUCACUGGUCAAACGUAAACCUAAAAAGGGCAGUAGUGCAAAGAAGGUAGUGGCAGUAAAAGGUCCAGCAAAAACUGUGAAAAGUUCAAAGGAAAAAUCCAAAAAACAUGAUUCAGAGGCUGGAAAGGAGACUAAAGAAGGCAGUGGUGCAAAGAAGGCACCUCCAGUAAAAGCACCAGCAAAGAAGGCACCUCCAGUAAAAGCUCGAGUAAAGAAGGCACCUCCAGUAAAAGCUCGAGUAAAGAAGGCACUCCCAGUAAAAGCUGUAGUAAAGAAGGCACCUCCAGUAAAACCUCGAGCAAAGAAGGCACCUCCAGUAAAACCUCGAGCAAAGAAGGCACCUCCAGUAAAACCUCGAGCAAAGAAGGCACCUCCAGUAAAACCUCGAGCAAAGAAGGCACCUCCAGUAAAACCUCGAGCAAAGAAGGCACCUCCAGUAAAACCUCGAGCAAAGAAGGCAUCACCAGUAAAAGCUGUAGUAAAGAAGGCACCUCCAGUAAAAGCUGUAGUAAAGAAGGCACCUCCAGUAAAAGCUGUAGUAAAGAAGGCACCUCCAGUAAAAGCUGUAGUAAAGAAGGCACCUCCAGUAAAACCUCGAGCAAAGAAGGCAUCACCAGUAAAAGCUGUAGUAAAGAAGGCACCUCCAGUAAAACCUCGAGCAAAGAAGGCACCUCCAGUAAAAGCUGUAGUAAAGAAGGCACCUCCAGUAAAAGCUCGAGCAAAGACAGCAGUAAAACGUCCCACCAAGCCUUGGAAAACAUCUAAAUUUAAAUCUAAGAAAGUCUCACCAAAGACUGUAAAGCCUCAUAAGUAAGGUAAGAUUUUUGCUUUAUCUUCAUCACUUCAACCAGGACUAUUGCAUACGUAUGUGCGUAACCAGGGUCGGACUGGGGGGCCCUGGUCCCCUGCUGCCGAGUUCCCCCGAUGAGCCGCUGCCCCCCCUGCCGCACCUGUACAUCUUGAAUUUGCCGCGACCUGUGGCAACAAGAUUAGUGUAGGGAACUGGACUGGGCCAGCGGGGCCCACAAGAGCCGGGGGCCCACAGUCAACCCUGUGUGUAACCUGCAGUUUUCCAGUCUGAUACAAUUUAGAAUGAUUAGUGGUAGUUUAGAAUCAUUACUGGCCAAUAUAGGCCUCCCAGGGGGGAAAUAUAAAUUCUUGUGAAUUUUUGGUAACGUAUAAAAUAUUGGGAUUACUGGAUGUUCUUAUAGGAGGUAUCACUGUGUCUCCAUCUAUUAAGAAGGGCUCCCACUUUACACAUCCACACACAGGGCAUAAGAUUAAUAUCAUUCCAUUUUCUUCCAGUGAAUAUCUAACCUGCGACGACAGAGCUACAGUUUGCAGCUGAUACUCCAGCACAUUCAAGCGACACAAACGACGAUCCCACUA